AUGCAAGUUUUUUCUGCUCCAAACAAGGACUCUAGGAAGCCUGCUGAAGACAAACAAAAGGAUAAUGAAGUUACCGACUUUUGCGGAUCUUGUAACGCUCCGUAUCAUGCCAAUGCCUUUUGGAUUGGUUGUGACGAAUGUGACCAGUGGUUCCAUGGCAAAUGUGUGAACGUAACUGCCUCUGAAGCAGAACAUAUCAAAGAAUACAAGUGUCCUGACUGCAUCCGCGAGGUGAUCGGAGAGUAG